AUGCGCGCGCGGGCGACGUGCGCGAUCGCGCGCGCGGUCGAGCGCGCGCGCGAGGGAAUUCACCGCGCGCGCGCGCUCGGGACGGACGCGCGAAGCCGCGCGGACGUGGACGAACGGGCGACGGCAUCGGAGAGGUCUUCGGGACGAGGCGCGGACGAGACCGAGGGGCGGACGACGGCGGCGGCGCGCGCGCGGACGAGGGGCGAGGUAAAGACCGCGCGCGCGGGUGCGGAUGGAUCGCGCGCGGACGGCGCGCGCGCGGGCGGGGCGACGGCGGAGACGAAGGGGCGCGAGACGGGGGCGAAGGCUUCGGGCGGGCGCGGCGUCGGGUCGUCGAGCGCCCCCGGAAGGGAAGGGGAGCGUGGGAAGCGGUACACCGCCAGUGGAUUGGUCUCCAUCGUCGUCGACGCGGUGAAGGAGGAGUACAGGCUGGCGAUGAUGGAUCCGGGAGACGCCGCGGCUGCGCGUAGGAAGGCGAUGGGGUACGAUAAGGACGCGGCGUACGAGCCGUACGAAGGGACGACGGCGGUGGCGAUGACGCCGGAGAAGGAACCGACGGCGUUUGGGAAGCUGUGGAGAGGCGUUCGGGAAAAGCUCGGGAUUCCGGUGGUGAUGGACAAGUUGGAGGGGGUGAAGAAGACGGCGGCGUACGCCAAGGCUGGGGAGCUAGCCGAGGACAUCCGCGAGCGCUGGGAGACGAGCGACUCACCGAUGGUGCAUCGUAUUCAAGACUUGCAGGACUCCAUGUUCACCGAGACCGAGCAAGCGGAGGCGUAUCGGUUGAUUCGGAGCCGCGACCCGAUGUUCAACACGAACGAUUUCAUCGCCGAGGUGCGAAGAGACAUCCCGAAGGUUUUGGGCGCGUACCUCAGGGGCGACGUCGAUGCGCUCAAGGAGACCAACAUCUCCAAAGAGAUGCUCGAGCGUUUGUCGGGGCAGAUGAAUUUGUGGAAGGCGGAGGGGCAGUUUGUCGAUCCGCGAAUCUUGGACCUGAGCGAAGUCGAGCUCAUGGAGGUUCGAAUGAUGGAGAACGAACCCUUGGUCGUGCUCACGUUUAGCUGUCAGCAAAUUAACUGCGUGCGCGACAAAUCGGGAAAAAUCGUUGAGGGCGGCGAGGACGACAUCCAGUCCGUGCACUACCUCUGGGCGAUGCAGCUCGUGGAUACAAAGUUCACCACCGACGACGGGCGCGAGUACAUGAAACCCACGUGGGUGCUUCGCGAGCUCGUCCUUCGCGGGAUGAUGGCCGUCGCGGCGUGA